GAGCCGGUCCUUUCUUCCGCUGGCGGUGGUGCGCAUGGUGAGCAUGGUGCGCAUGCGCAGUUUCCACAGCCCUGGAAAGAUGGCGGAGGGAGAGGAAAGAAAAAAGAUCCCAUUGGUUCCAGAAAAUCUCCUGAAAAAGAGGAAGGCUUAUCAAGCCCUCAAAGCCACCCAAGCAAAGCAAGCACUUUUGGAAAAGAAGGAGAGGAAAGGAAAAGAGUUCAGGUUUAAACGGCUGGAAUCAUUCCUACGUGAUUCCUGGCGACAGCAACGCGAUAAGGUGCGUGUCAGACGUCUGGAAGUGAAACCUCGUGCUUUGGAAGUGCCUGAUAAACAUUCCUUGGCCUUUGUUGUGCGCAUCCAAAGGAUUGAAGGCGUCAGUUUACUGGUGAAGAGGACCAUUGCAAGACUUCGGCUGAAGAAAUUGUUUAGUGGUGUCUUUGUCAGAGUCACUCCCGGAAACAUGAAAAUGCUUCGUGUAUUGGAACCUUAUGUGACCUGGGGAUUUCCAAAUCUGAAGUCUGUCCGAGAACUCAUCUUGAAACGUGGACAAGCAAAGGUUAAGAAUAAAACCAUCCCUCUGACAGACAACACUGUGAUUGAAGAGCACCUGGGGAAGUUUGGUGUCAUUUGCCUGGAAGACCUCAUUCAUGAAAUAGCCUUCCCAGGGAAGCAUUUCCAGGAGAUCUCCGGAUUCUUGCGUCCUUUCCACCUCUCUGUGGCCCGUCACGCUACCAAGAAUAGAGUGGGCUUCCUUAAGGAGAUGGGCUCAUCUGGCUAUCGGGGUGAACGCAUCAAUCAGCUCAUCCGCCACCUGAACUAGACCUAGAAUAUCUGAAAGCACAGUACAAAAGCAUAUGCUUUUAUCUUUUGGAACUGUUAUCAAGUAUCUUCAGAGAAGAUUAUUUUCUACCCUCAGAAAUUGGAAGGAAGGGGUAGGGGAAAGACAGUAAGUUGUGAUCAUGGCAAGCUCCUGGUCACAGCCCAGUUCAAUGGAAAAUUCCAGUCAACACAUGUCAUUGAGGAACCUGUCCUACUUUGACAUCUUCAAUUUUGGGUGUUUAAUUUUGGUGGAUAAAUAAGCACAUGUACAGUGUCCCCAAGACUGUUGUACAAUAGACCAAGCCCAGGGGCAUGCCUGAAUCUAGGAGUUCAAGGGCCUUGAAAAUUUGGAAUACAGUUUUGAAAUGUACUAAGCAAGCCUCUGUUCUCUGUACUGAGUCCAUGUUCCAGCUUCAGUCAGCAUUUAUGAACUCUCAGGCCUGCCUGUCUCUCUGCUGAUGGCAUUUGUAUCCCAACCUGCAACUGAUUUAGUCCUUUUCUCUAGCUCAGAAUUUGAGAAUGGAAGGACCCCUUUAGCAGGAGAACAUGCAUAUACUCAAAAUUGUGCUUGGACCUGUACAUCUUACGUGAGAAAGUCUGCUCCUUAGCACUGAUCAGCUAAGCCCUGAACUUGCCGGUCUUCUCUGGUUCCAUGUCCUGUACAAGACUGAAACUUACCGAACCAAUUGUGUAUGUCCUGUUGUACCUGAGAAAUGCCCACCCAUUUUCCCCCCUGAGCUUCAAGAGUUUCUAGGUUUCCCUGAUCAGCCCUCUCCUCCAAACCCAGAAGUUCUUGGUUUUGCGUGGGUAUGGUUGACAUUAGGCUUUUUAGACCCUAGGCAUGCAUCUCAGCAUGUUCUGAACUCCAGAAUCGUCCUUUGUCCUGCUGGUAAUGGUGUAGUAAACCAGAAGCAUGGGCCAGGGUGUUUGUUUCAUCAGUGUCCACCUCUAAAUGGCCUCCUUCACCCUCUGUUGCUUCAGCUUGCCAUCUGAGCAAUUGGUGAAGAUGUGCCAUACCCAGGUCACACUGAAAACAUGCUUAACCAUUAUUCUCCCUGAUCCUUUUAGACUAGCUUUGCUGCAGUUUUAGCUCAUAGGACCCUUAAAAACAGCCAUGGGAUUGAGUUAGAGGUGUAACAAUGCCUUAAAAUGUGCCAGUUAUGAGGUAAUUAAUUAGGUUGGUUUGCUUCCAGAGUUAACCUGCCAGGAAUAGAUGUUAUAGAUCUUAUUCUGCUAUAUUGUAGAGCAUUGUGAAAUCAUUACAUAAAAAUGAUGUAUUGCAAAGUCAUGGAAAAAUAUUGGUAGCUACGAAAGCUUGGGGUUUAUAUUGAAGAUCUCUUACUAAAUACGGGAGCAGGGCUGGGGCUGUAGCUCAGUGGUAAGAGUGUGUGCAGUUCUGAGUUCAGUCUCCAGUAUCGCUCAAAAAAUAAAUAGGGGAAAAUUGUUGCCACUCUUGAUCUGUAAAGUGGAGCUGUUACUUUCUAGCCUGUCCGCCUUACAUGGUUAAGACAAAAUAAGUUUUUAACCUCCAAUUUUUAUAAAUAAAUUAUUAAAAGUUUGUUUUUCCAUAUAAUGUACGACACACCCUAAACAAGAGGGACUGUCCUUAUUUACAUAUACUCAGUAGACUAGGAUGUGCUAAUGCAGAUUUUUUCAUGACAACAUACACACCAGGUGUCAUCUAGAUUUUGUAGCGAGAACGAAUUAAUUUUAGGAAAAAAGUAGGUGCAGUGAACUGCAUGGCCCGUUUGGAAACUGAUUUCAGAUGGUUAUAGGAGCGUCUGCAGCCCCUUGCCUGACCCAGCUGAUGCGAAAAGCCAGUUUCUAGGGUUUUGUUGCUGGUUAACUUUUGCUUUGAAUGCUUUGGGAUUUCAUUUAAGUCAUUUUUUUUUUUGUGGCACUAGGAUU